AGCUAGAUGAGUAUUGCAGCAACCCUUCUGGAAAGCAGUCAGGGCAAGUUGUGAAGAUUUUGGGGUACAAGUUUUAAUCGUUUGCACUGACUUAAGUCAGAGGAUAUGGGAUCGAGAUCUGCAAGAUGAGACAGAUUUUUGUCCCAUGGAUCUGAAAAGCAGGCUCAUCUGCUUCUGAGGCAACCGAAUCUAGGGCCCCGUGAGACCAUUCCCAUCAUAGUAUCGCAUUCUUCCAUUGAGACUAUUUUACGUCCUCGUGCCAUGACUGGACACCGAUUUGGUCUUGUGCGAAGUGCCAUUUGCUUCCUGUGACCCGCUCUUCUGAAUUUGUUUACAGACGCUCGAGAAGAUGACGAUGAGGAGCGGAGAUACGGAGACAGCAAAAAGAAACUGCUCGUGAGUCGAGUGGUCUACUCCCUGGCCUGUCAGCUGACGACGGAAGUCCCUGGCUUUCCAUGUUCUGCCCCAAAUGUCAUCACGGUGGCAUCUGGCAGGGCUGUUGCCGGACAAAUUCCAGGGGUGAACGUUCCAGAAGCCAUUGAGAAAUCCUGCUCCCAGCGGGAAAAUAACAAACCGGAUGUCGGAGUCCGCCGAAAUAGAUGUCUUCUGAGUGAGGUGGACUACUCCCUGAACUACCGGCUGAGGACAUACGAUGAUAAACAAGAGUAUAAUGUAAAACGGAAAUACAGAGACAGCAAAAGUAAACAUUUUACGAGUCAAGCGUCCUUCUGCCUGGGCUCUCGGUUGAAGACAGAAGUCCCUGGCUUUCUGUGUUCUGCCCCAAACGUCCACAUGGUGGCGUCUGGCGGGCCUUUCAGAAUAAACCCAGAGGUGAACGUUCCAGAAGGCAUUGAGAAAUCCGGCUCACAACAGGAAGAAAACAAACCAAAUGUCGGAGCCAGCAAAAACAGACUUCUUCUGAGCCAGGUGGCCUACUUCCAGAACUACCAGAUGAAGACAGACAAAGAUCGAAAAGGUCACGACGAAGAACAGAAAUACAGAGACAGGAAAAAUAAACUUAUGAGUCAAGUUGCCUACUACCUGGGCUGCCGGCAUAAGACGGAAGUCCCUGGCUUUCUGUUAUCUGCUUCAAACAUCAGCAAGGUGGCAUCUGGCCGGCCUCCUUACAGAAAAUACACAGAGGUGAACGUUCCAGAAAGCAUUGAGAAAUCCUGCUCCCAGCAAGAAAAUAACAAACCGAAUGUCCGAGUCAGCAAAAAUAGAUGUCUUCUGAGUGAGGCGAACUACUCCCUGAACUGCCGGCUGAAGACCUACAAUGAUCAAAAAGAUCAUGAUGAAGAACAGAAAUGCAGAGACAGCAAAAAUAAACAUCUUAGGAGUCAAGCGGCCUACUACCUGGACUGCCGGCUGAAGACGGAAGAAAGUCAAGGUGAUGUUGAGGAAGAGGAGGAGAAAGGGCCAGUGCCUCCCAGGAAUCUGCAGGAGUCUGUGGAGGAGGAAGCCCCCCAGGAGUCCUGGGAUGAAGGUGAUUCGACUCUCUCAGUUCCUCCUGGCCCAUCUGCCUUCAAUGAGACUUUGAGGAGCAACUUGCACUCAUUAGAGGAGCAGCAAGUCAUCUCGGCUGUUGACAUAGACAAGAUUAAAAAUGACCAAGAAGAAGAAGAAGACCAAGGCCCACCAUGCCCCAGGCUCAGCAUGGAGCUGGUGGAAGCAGAAGAACCUGAAGUCUUCCGGUCCUCACUGGAUGUAUUGUAUUCAACUUAUGCAGCUUAUCCUGAGUUUUAUUUCACAUGCCAGGCUUACACAUAUGUUACUUUUUUAUUUGUGGAAGAGCGUGUUCGCUUGACUUUGGACAUGGACAGUAGGUUUCUUACUAUGACGGUGACAAGACUCCUCCCCCUGGUCUCCCGGGUAGGGGUCAUAUUUCCACACUAAGACAACGUGUCACGUGGGACUCUGCCAGUGCAGAGUAUGAACACCACCAUGUUCUUGCUGAAACACUUAGCCUGAGUUCCAUAGCCUGAGGUAAUCUCCAGACAGCUUCAGAAUGUAGAGCAGUGAGCAGCACAAGUGACCUUUCUCCUUCAGAAAGCCCAUGUCACCACAAAUCACACAACUAAAAGGAGAAGAGACAUUUUGGGUUGAAAAGAGUAAAAAGAUAAUGUAGCUACAUUUCUUUAGUUCUUUUGAACCCAAAGUGUCUCCUCACCUUUUGUUGUUGUCAUUGAUGGUGGUGACAUGGGCUUGUUUGUAGAGGACAGGUCAGCUGUCUGACUCAAAGCUCUACACUCUGAAGUUGUCUGAAAAUGUCCUCAUGAUUAAAUUCAGGAUAAGUGUUUUCCCGGGACACUGCAGGGUCAAUGCUACCUCACCCAUCUGCAGGCAGAGAAGGUCCCGUGUAUCUCCCACCGUGAUUGUGAUACCAGGACUGUUCCACCAUUUGUGUUCCACCAUGAUCGUGAUACCAGGACUGUUCCACCAUUUGUCUACCAUCAUGAUCCUGAUACCAGGACUGUUCCACCAUUUGUGUUCCACCAUGAUCGUGAUACCAGGACUGUUCCACCAUUUGUCUCCCACCAUGAUCGUGAUACCAGGACUGUUAAACCAUUUGUCUGCCGCCAUGAUUGUGACACCAGGACUGUUCCACGAUUUGUCUACCACCAUGUUCGUGGUACCAGGACUGUUCCACCAUUUGUCUAUAACCAUGAUUGUGAUACCAGGAAAUGACUGUUUGUCUAUUACCAUGAUCGUGAUACCAGGACUGUUCCACCAUCUGUCUACCACCAUGAUUGGGGUACCAAGACUGUGUUACCUUUUAUCUACCAUUAUGAUUGUCAUACCAGGACUCUUCCACCAUUUGUCUAUCAUCAUGAUCGUGAUACCAAAACUCUUCCACCAUUUGUCUACCAUCAUGAUCGUGAUACCAGGACCGUUUCACUAUUUGUCUAUCACCAUUAUCGUGAUGCCAGAUCUGUACCUUUCAGAGACAGCUUAUUUAUACCGAAGUAAUUGGAAAAAUGGUUUUUUAAAAGUAUUAAUAUGCUGUGUUCAAAUGACCAUUCCCUAAACAGUUUCUUCAUUAAUCAUCCCCGGUGGUGUCAAUUAUUAUAUUUAUAUCUCUCUACUGGAAAUUUUCAAUUUUUCCUGUAUCUUUGCUUUUCCUAGUUGUCUGUUGUUGGAAAAAAAAUUUCCUGCCUGCAUUUUAAUUUUUGCCAAAGUUAAUUUUAAUUUAUACUAUUAAAAUUUUUUCUCUUAAGACUGUCAGCACAUAAGGCCACAGCAAAACAGAAUUCACUGAUUUUGAAGCCUUUGUUGAUUUGUUGCUGACAAGAGACAUAGUUUUCUUAGUUAGCUGGUAAUAUCUAUUUAAGUGAGCAGCCAGGGAAAUGUCUAUCAGGCUAAGGACAUGCAAAGCCCAGGCCAUUCUCUUUGAGUCUUUUAAACUAUUUCAAAAGAGAAGAGAAUAGGUAGAUUCCACAUAUGUGGACAGGAAGGAGAAUACACUAAAAGCAACAGACAACUAUUUCCCAAAACAGAAUUGAAAAUUAGAUUUAAAUAAACAUACAGCAUUAAAAUUCAUUAAACAUUUUCUCAUGAAAUGUAAUCUCUCUAAACUUACCUGUUAUAUGAAAGUCAGUUCUUAAUAUUCCACACUGCAUUGACUGUUGACAUUCAUAAGAACAUAUUUCAAGUUUAUUAUUUGAAAAUGCAAAUGGACUGUAAUUUUUUUGCAGCAAUCUUUUUAAGAUUGAAGAUUUUAUUCAAAAUAAAACCAGAGAUUUUAAAGAUUGAAAAUGACAUUAAAAUUUAUCUUCUCAAAAUAA